AUGAGUCGUGCCGAAGUUGAUUUACAAACAAGUGUUAAGAAGGCUUGUAACAUUGAUGAAGUGCCACCCAAAAGAAAACAUGUUAGAGCUUGUAUCGUUUAUACUUGGGAUCAUAAGAAUUCAAGAGCAUUUUGGAAUGCAGUUAAGAUCCAACCAUUACAAAGCAAUGAGAUUCAAUUGUUUAAAGCAUUGAUUAUGAUUCAUAAAGUAUUACAAGAAGGUCAUCCAAAUACUUUAAAAGAUGGUUUCAGAAAUCGUGAUUUCAUUAAUUCUUUGGCAACGGUGUUCCCAACUCAUGGUACUGCUUAUGGUAGAUUGAUUAAUCAAUAUGAUCAAUAUUUGUUACAGAAAUUGGAUUUUCAUCGUAAUAAUCCUGGGUUUAAUGGAAUGUUUGAAUAUGAAGAAUAUAUUUCUCUUCGAGCUGUUAAUGAUCCCAAUGAAGGUUAUGAAGCUAUUUUACAAUUAAUGGAUUUACAAGAUCUGAUUAAUCAUUUACAAAAAUUAUUAUUUGCUACAAUUAAUCAAACUCAUAAUAAUUUAUGUAAAGUGAGUGCUUUAGUUCCAUUGAUUCUGGAAUCUUAUGGAAUUUAUAAAUUUUGUACAUCAAUGCUUAGAGCAAUGUAUCAACAAUUAGGCGCUGAUGAUGCUUUAACUGGUUUAACUGAAAGGUUUGAAUCUCAGCACUUUAUGCUUAGAGAUUUUUAUACUGAUUGUCAUGCUAUUAAAUUCUUAACUAGUUUAAUUACCGUACCAAGAUUACCAAAUAGUGCCCCUAAUUUGCAAAUUAGUGAUGAUGGUGUCCCCAUUUCAAGACCCCAAUCAGUUGCAAGUAGUCAAGUUCAAUCUCAACCAACUUCUUCAAAUACCAAUUUAGAAACUCCUCCAAAUCCUCCACCAAUAACUGAUCAACAAACUAAUUAUUUGUAUCAACAACAACAAGAACAAGCUAGAAUUCAACAACAAUAUGAAUUACAACGUCAGCAACAACUCCAACAACAACAAGAACAACAAUUACUUUUUGAACAACAACAACGUGAUCAAGAGAGAAGAUUUUUGGAAGAACAACAAGCUUUACAAAUGCAACAAACUCAGCAACAACAAAGUCGAGUUUCGGAAUUAGAACAUGAUUUAUUAAUGUUUAAGAACCAAUAUGAUAAUGAUCAACAAUUGUUACAACAAUAUGAUUCAAGAGUUAAGACCUUAGAGAAUGAUAUGAUGGCAUUUAAUAAUACUGCCACUCAACAAAUUGCUUCCAAGGAUGAGCAAAUCAAAAACUUGGAAGAUCAAAUCAAUAAUUGGACUAAGAAAUAUGAAUCCUUAGCCAAAUUAUAUUCUCAAUUACGUCAAGAACAUUUAAAUCUUUUAGCUAAAUUCAAAAAAAUCCAACAAAAAAUCAAUAGUGCCCAAGAAUCAAUUAUGAAGAAAGAAAAAUUCGAAAAAGAACUCAAGGCCAAGAAUGUUGAAUUGGCCGAUUUGAUUAGAGAAAGAGAUCGAGCAAGAUUAGAUCUUGAUAGAAUGAAAGCUGGUAAAGAUCAAGAAAUUGAGAAAUUACAAGCAGAAAUCCGGGAAUUGGAUUUAAAUUCUAAAGAGGUUGGAAAAUUACAAAAUUUGAACAUUUCUUCAAUCAUGGGGAAACAUGAACAAGAAUUAGCUGAUUUGAAGAAACAAUUAGCGGAUCGUGAAAUGAAAUUGGCUACGAUUGGAGAUGUGUCUCAUUUACAAGAACUUAUUAAGGAGAAAGAUAUUGAAUUAGAAGUUGCGAAUGAGGAAUUAAACCAUGCAUUGGCAACUUUGGCCAGAUCUCAAUCUGAUCAAGAUGAUAUUGUGAAUGCACAAAUUGAUCAUAUUAUUCUUAUGAAUAUGAAUAGAUUCAAGAAUUUGAUUGAUGUAUUUUUGGAUAAUAGUAUCAAAAGAAUUUUGGAUACAAAACAUGAAUUGCAAUCUCCAAUGCAAGCUGGGAAUAUGAAUUCUACUCCAGAAUAUUUAUUAUCGAUUGUCGAACUUUCAACUGAUUCCACUAUUGAUUUCGCCACUAUUUUUAAUAAUUAUAUCGCUGAGGGAAAGAAUAUCGAUAAUGAUUCAAAUUAUUCCGAUAUCAUCUUAACCAGUUCUUCAUUAACCACCUCAAUGAAUGAUUUGAUGUUGAAUUCCAAGGGGCUCGUUAAUAGUAUUCCAGGAGAUCAAGAAGAAACAUUAUUAAACCACGUAUCCGUCGUCUUAGACGUCACUGUUGAAUUCUUCACCGGCAUCAAAUCCGACCAAUUAGAUUCCCUCGAAGAUAUUGAAGACAAGAUUGGAAAAGUCUUGGAUGGAAUGACAGACGUUCAACAAGCAUUACAACAAUUAUCCCAAUUCACCGAAACAUUACGUCCUACCUCCAAUAUCAAAUUCAGCGGAAAUGUAGAAGAUAUGGUCAAUCAUGAAAUGGAUCAAACUGCCGCCACUGUCCAACAAGCACAAAAAUUCUUGGAUAAUUUAUUAGCAAAUCCAAAUAUUUCCACUGGGGCCAAUUUAGAAAUCCAUGAAAUGUUACUUUCAGCGGCCAAAUUGAUUAUUGAUUCCGUGGUGAAAUUAAUUGCCGCCAGUGUUGAAUCUCAACAUGAAAUUGUGAGUCGUAACAAGGGUGUCGAUCAAACCCCAACCGAAUUCUACAAAAAGAACAAUAGAUGGACCGAGGGUUUAAUUAGUGCUUCGAAAGCUGUGGCUGGUGCUACUAAUAUCAUCAUCCAGACUGCGGAUGGGGUAUUGAAGGGUUCGAAUUCACAUGAACAGUUGAUUGUGGCCUCGAAUGAGGUGGCGGCCAGCACGGCCCAAUUAGUGGCUGCGUCGAGAGUGAAGGCUAAUUAUGUCUCUAAGGCACAAGAUAAUUUGGAAAGUGCAAGUGGUGGAGUGACUAGGGCAUGUAAGGCGUUAGUUAAUAAGGUUCAGGAAUUAUUGAAUAAGGAGUCUGGUGCUGGUGGGGAAGAAGGUAUUGAUUUGAGUAAGUUGACGCCAUACGAAGGUAAGACGUUGGAAAUGGAGCAACAAGUUGAGAUUUUGAAGUUGGAGAAUAAAUUGAAUGCUGCCAGGAAGAGAUUGGGAGAGAUUAGAAAGCAUGGAUAUAGAGAUGAUGCUGAUAGUGAAGAUGAGUCGUAA